UCAACAUCAACCUCGUUCGAAUAACAAUCAUGGCGACACCUCGUGCACAGACAGUAUGGUUCGGGAAUGAAUUCCCUAGCGAUGACCUGAAGGACUUGUUCCGGCGAUUGCACCAACACAGCAAGGACCGGCGGUUCAGGCUGCUGUCGGUCUUUCUCGAUGAAUCCACGGCUAUUCUCAAAGAGGAGGUGGCCAACCUGCCUCAACAGCUCCAGGAACUAGUGCCUCACUUCAACACGGCCUGCACGCUGGCCGAGGUCGACUUUCGCCAGGGCGCUCUAGGGGCUGCUAUGGAGAGUGCGUUACUUACGAUACUCGAACUUGGCAUGCUCAUCGGGAACUAUGAAGCUGAGGAUAUCGAAUGGGACCUAGAUCCAUCCGAGACCAUUCUCGCGGGCCUGAGCAUCGGCAUCCUCGCCGGCGCUGCCGUGUCUCUAUCCAGCAGCUUGGCAGAUGUAGCCAAGGUUGGAGCCGAAAGCGUUCGCGUCUCCUUCCGCCUGGGGGUGUAUGUUGCCGACAUCUCGACGAAGCUCGAAGCGCCCCAGUCGGAUGGAACGCUUCAGAGUUGGGCGCACGUCGUCACGGGGAUGUCGCACGAAGCAGUUCAAGAGGAGCUUUCUCAGUUCAAUGCAGUCACGCAGAACCCGGAGCUCACCAAGGUCUUUGUCAGCGCUGCGGACAAGACGUCCGUAAGUGUGAGUGGGCCACCGUCACGCGUCAAAGCCGCCUUCCAACACUCGCCCAGCUUGCGAUACUCCAAGUCCUUCGCGCUGCCCGUGUACGACGGUCUCUGUCACGCACCGCAUCUAUACAGUCUCGACGAUAUCGAGAUUGUUAUAAACAGCGCCAAGUCUGUGAUCCCAAGCUCCCGGCCUGUGCGACUCCCCUUGAUCUCCUCCCAGACCGGCAAACCGUUCGUGGCCAAGACAGCCGGUGAGCUCUUCCUGGAGAUUGGCACCGAGCUGCUGACCGGCACGAUCUACGUGGACAACGUUACGGCCGGUAUCCUUGAGCACGUCAAGCUUAAGGAACCGACCGGAAGCUAUCGGAUAGACUCAUUCCGCAUGUCACAGGUCCUGAAUGGAAUCCUGACAGCCAUCGAGACCGACUUCCCCGCGCUGGGGCGGGUCCGGCGCGAUUUGGUGUCCUGGGUAUACGGAGACUAUGGUGCCCGCCGCCCCUCUUCCUACGCGGCCUCAAAGCUCGCCAUCGUUGGUAUGGCUUGCCGGCUACCCGGAGGCGCCAAUGACCCCGAGCUGUUUUGGGAGCUGCUUGAGCAGGGACGCGAUACCCUCACUACAGUGCCGCCGGACCGAUUCGACCUGAACACACAUUAUGACCCUACAGGAAAGACGGAGAAUGCCACUCAGACUCCGUUUGGAAAUUUCAUUGAUCGGCCAGGCUACUUUGAUGCCGGGUUCUUCAAUAUGUCCCCGCGUGAGGCCGAGCAAACGGACCCCAUGCACCGGCUUGCCCUUGUCACCGCAUACGAGGCCAUGGAAAUGGCAGGCCUUGUCCCCGGCCGCACCCCGUCUACCCAGCCAAACCGCAUCGGCACAUUCUACGGACAAGCGAGCGACGACUGGCGGGAGCUGAACGCCUCCCAGAACAUCAGCACGUAUGCGGUGCCUGGUGGCGAGCGCGCCUUUGCCAAUGGGCGAAUCAACUACUUCUUCAAGUUUUCCGGCCCUUCGUUCAACAUUGACACUGCCUGCCGAUACGGUCAUUGCUGGGGGCUGAACGUCAUCACCGACCCGGACAACUACGCCGGUCUUGGGAACGGCCACUUCCUCUCCAAGACGGGACAAUGCAAGGUUUGGGACAAGGACGCCGACGGGUAUUGCCGCGCAGAUGGAGUAGGGUCGGUCGUCAUCAAGCGGCUAGAAGAUGCCGAGGCGGACAACGACAACAUCCUGGCUGUGGUUCUGGGUGCUCGCACGAACCAUUCCGCUGAGGCUGUCUCGAUCACACACCCUCAUGCUGGCGCGCAAAAGGACAAUUACCGCCAGGUGCUGCACCAGGCGGGCGUCAACCCCCUGGAUGUGAGCUAUGUCGAGCUUCAUGGCACUGGCACCCAGGCCGGUGAUGCGGUGGAGUCCGAAUCGGUGUCCGAUGUCUUUGCGCCCUCUAUGCCUCGCCGUCGACCCGAUCAGCGUCUGUAUCUGGGUGCAGUGAAGAGUAACAUCGGGCAUGGUGAGGCAGCGGCGGGCAUCGCUUCCCUGCUUAAGGCGCUCCUGGUGUACCAAAAGAACAUGAUUCCCAAGCACAUCGGCAUCAAAACCGAGAUCAACCCGAUCAUUCCCAAGGACCUCGAUCGACGCCACGUGGGUUUGGCCAUGGCGAACACCCCUUGGCCACGGCCUGCUGGCAAAAAGCGUCUUGCGGUCGUGAACUCGUUUGGAGCGCACGGCGGCAACACCACCGUACUCCUGGAAGACGCCCCGGAGAGAGUGAAGCCUUCAACUGAGGACGACCGCACAGCUCAUCCGGUAGUCAUCUCCGCAAAGAGCAAGAAGUCUCUGCAGGCCAAUAUCGAGAAACUGCUGUCGUGGCUGGAUCAGAACCCCGACGCAGACCUUGCGGACCUUUCAUACACUCUCUGCGCGCGGCGGAUGCACCACAGCAUGCGGUUUGGGGCCGCAGCCUCCAACAUCGCGGCUCUAGAGAAGACUCUCCGCUCCUGGCUGGACAAUCCCAAGGCGUCUGCCGAGCUGCGGGCCAUCCCGAACGACGCGCCGUCCGUGGUGCUGACCUUCACUGGCCAGGGCGCCUACUACCGCGGCAUGGGCCGGGAGCUCUUCGCCGAGUUUCCCUAUUUCCGUACGCAGGUGCUCCAGCUUGACCAGAUUGCACAGCGGCUGGGAUUCCCGUCCGUUGUCCCCGUCAUCGACGGUAGCAUUGACGAUGGGGCCGCGUCGCCCGUUCUUACACAGCUUAGUGUUGUGGUGCUGGAAAUUGCCAUGGCACGCUUCUGGUCGCACCUAGGCAUUCGCAUUAGCGCUGUCGUGGGGCACAGUCUUGGUGAAUACGCUGCAUUCGCUGUUGCCGGCGUCAUCUCAGCUGCGGACGCUCUUUACCUCGUUGGACGGCGCGCGCAGCUGACCGAAGAACGAUGCACUCCAGGCAGCCAGUCGAUGCUGUCCGUUCGCGCGUCCGAGGAUGAUAUUGAAGAGCUUACUGCAGGCAGCCCCGAGACUGCUGAAAUAGCCUACGAAGUGUGCUGUCGCAACACUCCACAAGAUACCGUCAUCGGCGGCACUAAAGAGGAUAUCAAUAGGAUCCGCCAGGCCCUUGAGGCAAACAGCAUCAAAUGCACGCAGCUGGAUGUGCCAUUCGCCUUCCACACCGCACAAAUGGACCCCAUCUUGGACUCGCUGGAGGCGUUGGCGACGCCCAUCGCGUUCAAGGCUCCCAGCAUCCCCGUGCUGUCCCCCUGCUGGGAAGCGUUGUUGGAUUUUGUCGCGGCCAUUGAAGCCGCUCAGGACUUCGGCCUGGUAGACGCCAAGACGAUCUGGAUCGAUGUCGGGCCGCACCCCAUUUGCGCUGGCCUUGUGCGUGGCAUCGACAGCUCCGCAUCCGUGAUCUCCUCAUGCCGGCGCAACGAAGACAACCUGGCGACCAUGUCCAAGAGCCUGGUCACCCUUCACCUAGCAGGGCACACGCCUUGCUGGGCGGAAUACUUCCGGCCCCGCGAGCGGGCGUACUCGCUGCUGAAAUUGCCCACCUACAGCUGGAAUGAGACUGACUACUGGAUUCCGUACAUUGGAACAUGGACGUUGGACAAGGCACUGCUCAAGUACGGGCAAAAGAAAGCCCCUCUGUCUCUGUCCCUGUCGCGCCCUUCAGCGCUCCGCACCUCGUUGGUUCACCAGAUCACCGCUGAGACGGUCGAGGCGACAACGGCCACCCUCCAUGUCCUCUCUGACAUGCAACAUCCUGAUUUCCUGGAGGCUCUUCAUGGUCAUAGGAUGAAUAACUGCGGCGUUGCAACUUCGUCUAUCUGGUCUGACAUGGCCUUCACUGUUGGUGAAUACCUCUACCGCCGACUCGUUCCCACGGUCAAAGAUGUGCACAUGAACCUUUCAGACGUCGAAGUCCUGCACGCCCAGGUCGCCCUCGAGAAGAAAGGAAGCGUCCAGCCGCUUGUGCUCAAGGCACACCUGGACCUGUCCACUAGCUCCAUGUCACUUGCCUGGUUCAACGCGAGCGCCGAGACGGGCGAGUGCGCCGCCGAACACUUCGCUACAGGCGUGGUCCGGUUCGAAGACCCGGCCGCGUGGACCAGGGAGUGGGACCGGAUCUCCCACCUGGUCCGAGGCCGCAUUGAGGCGCUAGAGCAGCGCGCCGCAGAAGGCAAGGCGAGCAAGCUCUCCAAGCCGCUGGCCUAUGCGCUCUUCAAGAACGUCGUCGACUACGCAGACCGGUAUCGGGGGAUGGAUCAGGUGGUGCUGCACGAGCACGAGGCCGUCGCGGAGGUGACGCUCGUCGCUGAGCGGCACGGUACCUGGCACACGCCGCCACACUGGAUUGACAGUGUCUCGCACCUGGCCGGCCUGGUCAUGAAUGGCAGCGAUGCGUCCAAUACCAGGGAUUACUUCUACGUCACGCCCGGAUGCUCCAGCUUCCGUCUGCUGAACCCGCUGAAGGCCGGCGGCAAAUAUCGCAGCUACGUGCGCAUGUUCCCAUUGCCGGAGGAGGCCAACAUGUACGCAGGUGACGUGUACAUUCUGCAGGGCGAGCGGAUUGUGGGCAUGGUCGGCCAGAUUCGAUUCCGUCGCGUCCCGCGGCUUCUCAUGGACAGGUUCUUCUCGCCCGCUGCGGAUUCCCAUACGGAACAGCAGCGGCAGGAGACCGCUCCCAGCGCCACCAGCGUGAAGAAAGGCACUGCUCCUGCUGCUGCUGCGGUCCCUGUCUCAAUCCCAGCGCUCACAAGCAACCCAGUCGCAAUCCCAUUCCCCGCCGCCACCAGCAAGAGCCAAGUCUCCACACCCCCGCUCACCCCUCCCUCCGAGGAAGAGUCCCCGGGCGAAUCCGCAGUCGUAACGCCGGCCACAUCGGAUCGGGGCGAUCCGGUAGACGCCGGCGUGGUGGGCCAGUGCCUGCAGGUGAUGGCUCGCGAGACCGGGCUAGAAAUCGACGCGCUGACGCCGGACGCAAGCUUCGUGCAGCUAGGCAUCGACUCGCUCAUGUCGCUUGUGUUGUCAGAGAAGUUCCGUGCAGAACUGGGAAUCGAGAUUAAGAGCUCGCUGUUCCUGGAGUGUCCGACUAUCGGCGAGAUGACGGCAUGGUUGGAAGAGUAUUGCUAAUAGAUCCUCCUUUGCCUAUCCAUAUAGAAAUUUUUCUUGAUCAUUUGCCAAUCAAUCUACAGCUAUCAUCUAC